UCCCUAAUUUUUAUGGCUAACUACUCAUAUAUAAGGUAAUGUACAAUUGAGUUACUUUUCCUCCAAGAAAAGGAUAAAAAAAAAAUCUAAUUAUGAUCGAACACUAUUAACACAAACCUAAUUAAAGUAGGCUAGCAACUUGUAUGUCAAGAAUCCGAUUAUCUCAAAAGACAUAAAAAAGAAAAACCCGAGCAUCUCCAAGUUUUUACUCACCAAGAAUAUAGUAUUUUUGACAAUAUGGAUUUCUAUAGAUCAAUCUUAAAGCAAACGGAUGUUUCUUUGAUGCUUGCAAAACAUGUCUUCUUCAGCAAACUUCGUCAGCCCAAUGCCAACAUGGUAUUAUCCCCACUCUCUAUUCAAAAAGUUCUUGGUAUGAUUGCUGCUGGCUCAAAAGGUCGUUCAUUGGACCAACUGUUGUCUUUUCUCAAGUUCAACUCCAUUGAAGAACUUAACUAUGUUUCUUCUCGGGUCAUCACUGAUAUCUUUGCCGAUGGCAGCCCCUAUGGAGGUCCUCGUUUGUCCGUUGCUCAUGGCGUUUGGAUUGACAAAACUCUCUCUUUUAAGCCUUCUUUCAAACAGAUUAUGGACAAUGUUUAUAAGGCUGGUUACAGUUCUGUUGAUUUUCUGCACAAGGCUGAUGAGGCUCGUGCUGAAGUCAAUAAGUGGACUGAAGAGAAAACAAAUUGUCUCAUCAAAGAGAUUCUUCCUCCCGGUGCAGUCGACUACAGAACAUCGCUCAUCUUGGCCAAUGCAUUAUAUUUCAAAGGAGCAUGGUAUGAGAAGUUCAAUGCUUCAGAUACAAAAGACGAUGAGUUCCAUCUCCUCAACGAAGGAUCUGUUCAAGCGCCCUUCAUGACCAGCCAAAAGAAGCAAUACUUUGAUGGUUUUAAAGUAUUAAAGCUUCCUUAUGAACAAGGCUAUGAUCGAAAGCGAUGUUUCAGUAUGUAUUUAUUUCUUCCAAAUGCCCGCGAUGGAUUACCAGCUUUACUGGACAAAAUUAGUUCGGAACCUGGAUUCUUAAAUCAACAUAUUCCAUUAGACAGAGUUAAAGUGGGCAAAUUUCUUGUCCCUAAGUUCAAGAUAUGUUUUGGGAUUGAAGCUUCAGAGGUUCUAAAAGGAGUUGGUGUUACAGCACCUUUUAUUAGUGGUCUCACUGAAAUGGUGGAUUACGAUCAAGACUUGUUUGUUGAUAAAGUUUUCCACAAGUCCUUUAUUGAGGUAAAUGAAGAGGGAACGGAAGCUGCAGCUGCAACUGCUGCUAUGAUUAAUAAGGGAAGGACGGCAAGAAAGGAGGUAGACUUUGUUUCUCUUUCUGAUUAGAGAAGAUUCUGAUUAGAGAAGACUUUGUUUCACUUUUAAUUUUACUAAACGCGUAGAUAAGCCAAAAAGUGCUUAUAAGCCAGUUUGACCAGCUUAUAAGCUUAGCCAAACACCCUCUAAGUCUACCCUUCUACCAUAUGAAAUUACUCACUCAAUUUUAUCUUCCGUUAUACUAUUAGGUUCAUUCAUAACCUUGUUGUUUAUAAAUCUUCUAGUAUUUGUCCUUGCUAUUAAUGAAGUUCCUGCGUGAAUUGUGUGGA